AUGUCAUUGGGAGCGUGCGCAGCGGGCGCAGAUCUUACACUCGACUCGAGACUGAAGUUGUGGGUGCUGCUGCCCAUAUCCGUGGUGAUGAUUCUGGUGGGCGUCGUCCGGCGAUACCUCAUGAUCCUGCUCACAUCGAAGGUGAAGAGCGUGCCGCGGGCCACGGUCACCGAGAACCAGUACAUCAGCAAGGCCAUUGCCAUGCUGACGAACGGGAGCAGCCUGCACGAAGAGGCCUUCCGGAUGCGACAGGAAUACCUGGCAGGCGUGCUGUCCGAGGGCAAGUACCUCGCGCUCAAGGGCAAGGCAGCGGAGCCACAGAACGUGCUGGCAGACCCGAACAUGACGGAGGCGCUGAUGGGCAUGGCCAAAGGCAACCUGGCGGGGUACAUUCCGCAGACGGUGAUCAUGUGGUGGGUGAACUACUUCUUCGCGGGGUUCGUGCUGAUGAAGCUGCCCUUUCCGCUGACCAUGCGGUUUAAGGAGAUGCUGCAGAGCGGCGUUAUGACAGCCGACCUGGACGCGCGGUGGGUCAGCAGCAUCUCGUGGUACUUCAUCUCGAUGUUCGGCCUCGACCCCGUGUACAACCUGUUGUUCGGCGACGAGGCCGCGUCGCAGAGCAUGAUGCAGCAGCAGAUGUUUGUGGGCGGUGCGGUGCCGGGGGGGCCGACUCCAGAGGCUCUCAUGAAGAAUUACGCUAACGAUUUGACCAUUGCCCAGCACGAGUCGUGUUUUGACGGGAUCGAAGACAGGGUUCUGCAGAUGUAUGCGGCUUAG